GAGGAGUAGGCCAUCUUCAGGAAUAUAGACAGGACUUUUAACAAUUUGUAUUUAAUCCCAGUGUUCACUAUUGGCGAGGCUGCAUUGGUAUAUAUGUGGCGCCUAUAAGUAUAAAGACUGGAGCAGUCGCUUCUGAAGAGCAGUGGCAUUAAUUUGACAAGAUUAUUAAUUUUAUUCUUUUAAAACAUUUCAUGUCUAUGAAACAUGUCUUCUUUAGAGAAAGAAUUGUUCUUGAGUAAAUUGCCGUCGCGACCACCGAUGCCGUCAGGUCCCCACUCUGGAGCUAAAAUGAGAAUGGGUCCUGGAAGAAAGCGGGAUUUCUCCCCUGUGGCCUGGAAUAAUUACUUUGAAAUGAUGGAAGAUGUCAUAACUACAGAUGGAACUAGUGAAGAUUCUUUUCGAAUCUACAAAAGUGGAUCUGAUGGGCCUGUUCUCUUAUUAUUGCAUGGUGGAGGCCAUUCAGCACUCUCCUGGGCAGUAUUCACUUCCAUGAUUAUCAGUCGAGUUCACUGUAGGGUUGUGGCGGUAGAUCUACGAAGCCAUGGUGAUACAAAAGUCAGAAACGCUGAUGAUCUUUCAGCAGAAACCAUGUCAAGAGACAUUGGCAUUAUAGUGGAAACGCUGUAUGGUGAAAAUUCUCCCCCUGUUGUUCUGAUUGGCCAUAGUAUGGGUGGAGCGAUAGCCGUUCAUAUUGCAGCAAAGAACCUGGUGCCAUCUCUUGUGGGUCUAUGUGUGAUUGAUGUAGUCGAAGGCACAGCAAUGGAUGCUUUAAACAGCAUGCAAACAUUUUUACGGAGUCGGCCUAAAGUAUUCAAUUCUAUUGAAAGUGCCAUAGAAUGGAGUGUGAAAAGUGGUCAGAUACGAAAUCUGGAAUCGGCAAAAGUCUCCAUGGUUGGUCAAGUAAAACUUUGUGAGGAUGAUAUCAACACUCCAGGGAGCUCCCAUUCUGUUGUGGACACUGCUAUUCAUGAAGAGGAGGAGGAUGAGGCAGAGGAGGAAGAAGGGACAGCGAAGAAAGACAAAGAACCUGAAUCAAGUAAAAAAUUGAAAGAAAGUAAAACUGAGUACACAUGGCGUGUUGAGUUGUCCAAAACUGAGAAGUACUGGGAGGGAUGGUUUAAAGGGCUAUCCAACCUCUUUCUCGGCUGUCCAGUCCCCAAACUAUUAUUACUAGCAGGUGUUGAUAGAUUAGAUCGAGAUCUUACAAUUGGUCAAAUGCAAGGAAAAUUUCAGAUGCAAGUUCUUCCACAAUGUGGCCAUGCUGUACAUGAAGAUGCCCCAGACAAAGUGGCAGAAGCUGUUGCAACAUUCAUGAUUCGUAAUAAAUUUACAGAAGCAAAGGGUGAAAUCCAAAGCACUUACCCCAAUUUCUAAUAGAUCCAACAGCCUUCAAACUCAGCUUCGACUGUAUACGCAUUCCAGACCACCGAGAAAUAUCCACGUAUCAUCAUCUGCCUAAUCUGAGUAAUACAGUGAAGCUGGAACGUCAGAACUCCAAAAGCCUAUUUCACCCUGCUGUUAAAUCUAUAUUCAUUCAUAGAAACUCUCAUCGUUGGCACUACAGAAUGACUGACUGAAAAGUGCAACCUGUUUCUGAUUCAAAUAUUAAAACAAUUAAAGGGGAUUGCUUACUCAAAGUGUUUUUUUCUUGCACAUGUUCUUCUAUAGAACAUGGAAAUAUGUUCAUCAAUUGUUUAGGAGUUGAGAUGUUCUCUGGAACUUUGUUUGCAAUACCAAUAAUAUCUGUGGUUCAAUUUGGGUCUGUUUUAGAAAUGGGUUAGGUGUUCCUUGACAUAAAAAAGAAAGUUUUAAAACAAAACAAGAGGAAAAGAGCACAAGUGUGCAGGGUAACCCAGAAGAAGAAGUCUAGUUGCUGGAUUUGUCAUCUCAAAAUACAAACACUCCUAACUUUAGACAUGUACUGACACAACCUAAUUUACACUGACUUCAAAGUGCGCUUCUGGGAUCAAACUUUAUUGGCCUUAACUAUUGGCAUAGAAAUGAUUUUGCACUUCUUUGUGAAAAGAUAAAAUGUUUUUAUUUUAAAUGGGUUUGUAAUCCAAAUUGUUUAUAAAAUAAAGAUUAGUGUUUUGGACCAUGUUACACUAGACUGCUGUUCUAAGACAUUAGUUGAUGAAAGACAUGGGUAGCAAGAACAAUUAUAUUGCAGUCUGCUGCUAGCUGUGAUGCACGUUCUUCCUUACCAGGAAAGAUCUCUGAAUGUGUGGUUAUUCUAUGAUUGAGAAACUGCAGCAACCAGUUUCACAUUAGACAUAUAGAAUUGAGGUUUUUGUUUCUUGUCUAGAACAUCCAGUAGACUUACUUGAGCACUGUUUAAAUCAAGCUUCCUACUGAAGUGGACAUAUCUUUCACUUAAUCUGAAGUUUAACUGGUGUGACAAAGCUUGAUAGUGAUCUGAAACUAUUUAGUUUUAAUGCGUAACAUUACUUAAAUAUGAAAAUUGCUGGAAAACUGAAAAAGGCAAAAUAUUGCAGAUGCUAUAAAUCUGUAAUCCAAAAAGCAAGUGGUGGUAAUACUCAGGUCAGGGAGAGAGAACAUUUCAGGUCUGUGGUCUUUUGUGGAACUAUGUAUGAAUGCAGUCUUUUAAUAUUUUGUUCUUCACUGUGACCACUUACUGUUGCACAUCAUGGCAAUCAGUUUUUAAAAGUUGGAAGAGAAAUUAAAUGUAUUGAGAGAUUACAAAAACUGUCUGGGCUCCUUGUAUAUCUGAACAAUUAUGACAUGCAAUAUCUUUUAUACAAUGGUUGGAGUAAGGAGCAGUGAGACAACAAGGAAUUGAGAGAUGAUUUUAAGCAGUGAUUUUCUGCAUCUUCCAAGCCUCCCCCAAUCUUGAUCAACCCUCCUACUUGAAGUAUGCCUGCUCCCAAGUUGCAAUCUGUAUCUUUGGGAGUGUCUGGAGUACAUCUCCAAACAUAUAUCAAGCUCUUUGAAUGUGCUAAUCACAAUCUUUGUGCCUAUUUUGAGACCCUGCAAAUGACCAGAAACUUGGUGAUGCAUGGACAUUGCAUGCUUGCGUUUUCAAGGUAAACUACAGCCUGACUAGCAGUCCUUAUCAUUCUGACAGUUCUUUAUUUGGAUUGACUGCAGGCCUUCAGUCCCUUAUUCAUGUAACCUUUAUUUUUGAGGUACGUGCUCCCUUAACUGUCAGCAAAGAAGACGAUGAGAGUAGAAACUGCUUUUUCCCCACCAUUGGAGCACAAUCUUUACAGCUGGGUGAAGACAUUUGACAAACCUUUAGUAAGUGCAGCCAGAAACUAAUUAGCUCUCAAAGGCAGCCUAUAAGAGCUGUUUCUCAAAAACGAUUCCAGGAUUUUCACCAUUACUAUGGUCUCUGGAAGUUUAUUCAUUGUAUUUUCUUCUGAUGAAAGAUACUUGACCUGAAACAAUAAAACUUUCUUUUGCUCUCCUUCCCCCAGCAUUUUUCUACUUAGCAUUUUCUAUUUUUUAAAUUAUUCUGAGAUGUGAAACUUUCUGUCAUGAAUCUGUUCUUAGAUUGGAAACAGACACUGAGAAUAUUGGAGAAACUCAGCAGGUCUGGUAGCAUCUGAGGAGAAAGAAAAACAGAAUUAAUGUUUUGAGUCUGGUAAGACUGUUCAAUAUUUUAGUUUUAGUCAUGGAUUAGCCCUUUAGAAUCAUAGACAAAGAAAUAUUGAAAAUAGAAACAGAAGUGAACUAUCUGGCUCUUUGAGCCUAUCCUGCCAUUCAAUAUGAUCAUGGCAGAUCAUCCAAUUCAGUCCUCUUUAUUAGCUGAAACUAAAGAAGGGCUCGUGCCCGAAAUGUCGAUUCUCCUGUUCCCUGGAUGUUGCCUGACCUGCUGCGCUUUUCCAGCAACACAUUUUCAGCAGUAGCUGAAACGAAACCUCUUUGUAUUCAUAGAGUUUACUUUGAACUUAUUUUACUUUUUGUAUUCUGUUAUCUUACUUUCUAGAAGUUAUGCUUUCAGUAUUGUGCACGAAGAAAAAUAUGCUCCAAGUGUCUUUUCAGCUAAAUGGUAGAGCAAAAUAAUACUUUUAUGUUGAAAGAAAAGAUGAUAUUUUAGAAAGGCAGAUUUGACAGUCAUUAAACAGGUUGCUCGGUGAGGAAGUGGCUAAUUAAAAAUUAUAAAAGCAACCUUUUUUUUUCUAAAAAUUUGAGAAUUCACUGUGAUGAUGGGGAACUCUCCAGAUACAAUCAAAAUACUGUGGAUACUGGAAAUCUAAAUUUAGAACCAAAAAUUCUGGAUGCACAUAACAUGUCAGGCCACAUCUUUGGAGAGAGACACUAUUCUGAUAAAAGAUCAACAAGCUGAAAUAUUAAUUCUUUUUCUUCCACCAUAUAUGCUGCUUGACCUGCAAUUUUCAGGUCUGUCUCCAACUUAGACAGAGAUUGUUUUGAUUUAAUUUACCAAAUGAAACUGCCCUAGAAGAUGUUUUUGCUUGAUUUUUACAUUUUCUUUUGAAGCAUUGCUAUUGAUUCUUGGAAUGUUUGGGGUGUAGUUAGAUUAUUGUUGUAAAGUUGUGGAUCCACUGGCAGAUUUUGGGCUCAAUCCUAAUUUAUUUUUUUCUAUUAAAUAUCUGCUGGUUUAAUUUACUGACUUGUCUUUCAUUUGAACUUACAAGUCUACCUGAUUAGUUCCUUCAUGUAAAAGGAUGGUUCACUAAUAAUGGUGAGCAAAAUUAAAAUUCAAGUUGAUACAAAGCUUGAAAUUCCUCUAAAAUGGUGAAAUCACUUUGAAAUGCACCACUUAACAGCUACUCUCCUGUAAAUCUAACCAUCAUCCCUUCCCAAUGUAGACGGAUGUCUGGUGUUAUGUAAGUUAAGCUCUGUGGCCUGCUUAUAAAGUAUAUGUAGAGUGGUUUUGUUUAAAGUUGUUCUUUUAAGUGUGGCUGCUAAAAUCUGAAUCCAUUUCAGGAAUUGCAAUGACGUACAAAUAGGUAAAUAUCUACAGAGUAAAGUUGGAUUUAUAUGUUAGUGUGUUGAAAAAUGGAGUACAGAGGACCUAUUUAACUACAUAAACUAUUUGAUCUUGUAUGCUUAAUAUGCUGCUCCUUAAACUGUGUAUGAACAGAUUUGCUACCAGAUUCUGGAGGGCAAGUAGGACAUUAGUAUUUAAAAGAGGUAGUAAUUUCCAUGAUGUAAAAAUUGCACAUUUAUUUUGAUCGUGGAAAGGCUCGAUAAAAUCUUAGGACUAUUUUGAGAGAGGUCAAAGAUCUUCCAAAGAAAGUUGAAGUAAGCUGAGUUUUACCUAAAUCUGGGACAUGUUGAGACUGCUUCUGUUGAUUGGAUGAUGUUCAAUACAUGUUCCUCAUUCUUGUUCCCAGUGUUGGGGGACAUACUUCAUAUGCAAUUAAUUAAGAUGGGGGAUCUUAAAAUUGAUUGCAGUCGGCAGGCCAUUUUUAAAUGCAACCUGAGGCAGUCUUGAAAGCUGUUUCUGCCUCCUUACCAGCUAGUGACCAUGGCUGAGCAAGCCUUGAAGAUUGUUUUCACCACUCAGGCAACAAAUCCAUAUAUUAGCAUAGAAUUUAUGGUAAAUUUGCGUAAUUCAAGUACAUUUAGCUGGAUGCUUAAUAUGUCUGAAUCUGCGACUGUUUGUGUGUAACUAAAUUUGGACAUUAAAGCCACUAUCACUUGAAGCAACAUGUGGCCUUUAUAUGAAACUACUUUAAAUUAGGAUUUGCCAAGAAGGAAGUAAAUAAUAAUAUUGAAGUUUUGAAAUAGAGCUGGAUAGUUUACUUUUAAUAAUGUUUUGAUGAAAAUUUCAAAGUUUCAGCCUUUGAAGCACUUGAUUUGCAUGUGUCUGAUUCUGUUUCUGUUGGUAUUUUUUAUGAAGUAUGACUGAGAUAGAAACACUUGAAUGCAAAGAAUCACUUGAAUUUACUGCUCCUUAAUGGUUUAAAACAAGCAGAGUGCUGAGCUAUUAAAGCUCUAAGUUCACCACAGGAUUCAAAGUUACUAAGUUCAAAACUGCACACUGUGGAACAAACACUUGAGCAUUACCAACUGAACGAUGCAUGAUACUGAUUAAUUUCUAACUGAACCAAUCUGGCUUUAAUAGUUUUUGCUUGCGAGUCCUCCUAGUUUCUUGCCAUGCGAUUACAUUUCCAUGAGUUUGAGGUAAUUCAGAAGUUAAGAUAUGUUUUUUUAAGGAGGAAAAGUUUGACAUCAAACAUAUUGGCUAUAGUAACUUGAAUUGUUCAUCAUAUUCAAUGACAAUACAACAGCAUGUUCAAUAACUAUGUCAUUGAUUUGUAGUAAAUAGCAAAAUAAAAAAAAAUUGUGGACUCUGCCAA